UCGAAUCUGACAUCCGCCGUCAAUGUCAUAAUUGACACUUCAUUCUCUACUCCCUUGUUUACAAUUGAACAUCAAAAUGAAAAAUAAUACCAAAUCCAACGAAAUAAAGAAAAUAAAGGCACAGAUCGCGUGGUGUAAAGGAUAUACAACCAAAAUAGCAAAACUUUUAGACGAACCGGACAAGCCUUUAGACUCUGAAACAGCACAAAUUAGAUUGGAACAAACAGAAGCCAAUCUCAAAAAAUACAACGACUUAGCGCUGGAGCUAGCCAUCUUGACUGAAAAGGAUUCAUUUGAAGAUUUUGAAGAAGAGGAUGAACACGAGGAGCGAACAAUAAUCGUCAUCUCGAGAUUACGGAAACUAACCUCAACAGUAUCGAAAACAACUACGUCUUCGUCAUCGUCGGAAACAACAGUGGAUACCACGGGCGUGACUAGUUACCAUGGUGGAAUACGGUUACCGGAAAUCGACAUUCCUGCGUACGACGGGAAGGAUUACACUAAAUACGUCGCAUUCAUCGAGCUCUUCGACGCGAUAAUAGACUCCAGUGACAAGUUGAAACCAGUGCAAAAACUUUUCUAUUUGAAAAAAUACCUAAAAGGUGAAUCUUUAGCCUUAAUAGAAGGACUUCCCUUAACCAGUGAAUCAUAUGGUAAAGCCAGAGAACUAAUUAAAUUGCGUUAUGAUAACAAAUUUUUAGUAAUAACAAAUCACAUUCAAGCUAUAAUAGAUAGCACACCCAUUGCAAAAGGUACUGCCAGCAACCUGAGGGAACUUGUUUCCAAUACUCGUCAGCAUCUAGGUGCUCUUAAAGCCUUAGGUCAGCCAAUAGAACAAUGGGACUUAAUUGUACUAACUAUUAUCUUAAAAAAGGUGGAUCAGUUUUCGUGCAGAGCCUAUCAUCAGGAACGGGACAGUGACAAGAUGCCAAAUCUUGAAGAUUUCUUGUCAUUUGUGGAGAGGAGAGCCAGCAGCUUUGAAGAAAGCCAGCAAAGUGAAGACUGUGACCUAUGGACAAAAAAGUUCGAGUUUCCUGGCAACAAGAUGCUUAGAGGAGCUGGCAGUAAGGGUAUGAGGCAGAGCUUCCUAAAGCAGCAGAGGUGAUCCGCACUGCCAUGUAUGUGGAUGAUGCCCUCUUCGGAGCAGACUCCAUUAAGGAUGCAUUGGAGGUAAGAGACCAAUUUACUAACUUGCUGUCUCAUGCAGAUUUCCAUCUGCACAAGUGGGCAGCCAAUGAUCCCAAACUGCUGACUGGUAUCUCUCCCGAAUCUUGCUACGCUGAUGAUCACCAGCUCUCCAUGAAAACUGAUCUCAAAGCCUUAGGCAUGGUAUUCAAUCCCAAUCAAGAUGUUUUCAAAAUUAAUUAUCCCAACAAAGAAAUACAACAUUGGGACAAGCGCUCAAUCCUUAGCUUCAUUGGAUCCUUUUUUGAUCCUUUAGGGCUGGCAGGGCCUAUAGUUGUCAGGGCCAAGCAAUUUCUACAAGUCUUUGGAGGCAAAACUUGGACUGGACCUCUCCAAUACCAGAGGAAUUCUUAAGUAAAUGGAUUAAAUUUCACAAAGAUAUAUUGGAGAUGCCAACUAUACAAAUACAAAGGCAUGUAAUGCCUACCAAGGAUCAAGUAGAAAUCAUAGGGUUUUGUGAUGCCUCAUCCAAAUCUUAUGGAGCAUGUAUAUAUGUAAGAACCUUUCAAAGUGGAAAGGCUACAAUGAACCUGCUAUGCAGCAAAUCAAAAAUAGCCCCGAUGAAAAAUGAACUUACAAUUCCAAAAUUAGAAUUAAAUGCUGCAGUGUUGCUAGCAAAAUUAUUUGAUAAGGUAAAACAAAUUUUGGCAAAUGUAAAAAUAACUGCUAAAUAUUUACUAUCCGACUCAAAGGUUACUUUGUGCUGGAUCAAGUCAAAUAAAGAAUCACUACCUGUUUAUGUAAAAAACAGAAUACAGAUAAUAAAUAAUGUAACUAGUGAUUGCAUUUGGAGCCAUAUUGAUGGAGCAACCAACCCGGCUGAUGUCUUAUCUAGAGGUUGUAGUGCACUCAUCCUCGCCAAAAAUGUCUUGUGGU